AUGCUACGACGCUCCACGAGAAAAAAUGCUGGUGUUAACAAUUUCUACGAUGAGCAAGAUUAUUGUCUAAUUAGUUUUCCACCGUUUAGAAAACAUGCAACAAUUCCCGCACAUAUAAUAAAUAAAGAUCCAUUGGAUGACGCAAGUGGAAAAAACGAAUCACGUUUCGCAGCUAGUGCUGGAAGUGAAGAAAUAUUUAUUGAACAUCAUGAGGGUGAAUCUGAUGAAGGAGAUGAAUAUAAAGCAUCGCCACCACGACGUAAUUGUACAAAAUUUGAUUCAGCAUUAGCUACAAUUGAAAAUCUACCAUUAGCACAAUUACCAUCCGAAAGUUAUACAAGUCAAGGAGAUUCUGAUAAUGAAAUUUCAUGUUCAAAAUGCGAACAAUUACAAGAACGAAUCGAAAAAUUAGAGGAAUUAGGUCAACGUGUUCCCAAAUUAAAAGAUAAAAUGAACAAACUGAAAAAAUUAAUACAGUUCUAUCGAAAACAAAACUCAAUAAUAAAUCUCAAAAAACCUUCUACAACUGACGGAAACGUGGCACCAGACGACUUGAGUGAAAGACUUAAAGCCGCUUUCGAUGUUGCUAUUAAACGAUUACACCAAAAAAUCGUUCAUCAAUGGUAA